GCCCUUUGUUUUUUCCCAGGCUCCCAUUCUUUCAAAUUAUUACAUAAAUUAACAACAAAAAGGACACCUAGCUUAGGCAAGCUGAAGUUUGUAAAUGCUUAAAUUUAAAAAUGUAGAUAUCUAGAUAGAGUCGACGGGUGAUGACAUACAUAGCUUCGAUUGUGGGAGAUACUACCAUCCGCAUCGAUAGAAUCUUCUGGUCUAUAUUAAUACCCUACAAAGCUUCCCAAUUGGACCUUGCCUUAUGGGGUCAAUGAAUUCAGUGUGGUAUUUAGGGAUGCAUCUUGGGGAUGUUCUGAAUGUGUUAAGCGAGUAAUUCAGGUACGAAAUCAUACGAUGGAAGUCCUUGAGGAGCAGGAACAAUAGCAAUUAGCCCGAUUGUCCCUAAAGGCACAUAUGAAACAAUAACACCUCUUAACGAGAAGAGAAAGAACUGAGGUACAAUACGUUGACCACAAAUAAAUUUAAAAUUUUUCUAUUAUCCUUUUGCACAAAAUCCUUCUAAACUAAAUUUUUUUUUUAAAGGAAGCACACUUCCUGAUAUAUCCUUUUUUAUGAAAUACUGAGCCAAAAGCCAAAGCUGCUAUAGCUCCAAAGCCUACGGCAGCUCUUAGUUUAAAACUAAUUGUUAGCUUUAUAUAAAUAAAAACAAAAUAAUUAAAUAUUUCCAGCCAUGGAAACCGUUGCUCAGGGCAGGCUUGUUGCCAUUGAAACGACAAACAGAGGUGACAUUUGUUUAUAUCCACUUCCAGAUCACAGUUUGAAAUCGAAACUCGUAAAACUCUGAGUGAUCCCAUACAAUCUGGCCCAGCUGAGGGGCUAAUCUCAUAGCAAGAUGAAUCGAACCGACGACAUGAAGCGGUCCUCGCUAGACGACUUCAAGAUGAGUGCGAUGGCCUCCAUGGGUUGGGCGGUGGAUGCCGACAUACCCAUGGCGAAUGCCGAGAACCUGGCAAUUCUCAAGGAGAUUGCCUCCUUGAGGGCACUGAAGACGGAAGUGCAGCAGCGCAUUAAGUCUCUAGACGAACGAGAGCAGGCAGUGCAGCGGCAUACCCGCAACAUUGAGGCCACCAUCCAACAGAAUAUGAUCCUUUAUAGCUCGAUGAAGGAUGAUGAGAUCAAGGAGGCUCAUAAGGUGCAGCUGGUGAUCCUGGAGCGCAAUAAGAUUAAGGAGGAUUUGCGUAAAAACCAAAAGGAGUUGGAAGAGUACACGGAAUAUUCCGAUGCCACAGAAAGGAAGAUCUGCCAGAACAAGCGAGAGAUCGACGAACUGACGUCCCGCAUCAAGACCGCGAAGACCACUUUGGUGGAGUGGACGGAGGCUAUGGAUGACGGGAACAAGGGCUACCAGUUGAUCGAGAAGUAUUAUUUGGAUGACCAGCAGAAGGCGCGCGAGCUAAACACCAAGCGCCAAUUGCUGCAGGCGGAGAUCGACAAGCGGCGCAAGCAGGUGGUCCUUCUCUACGACGAGCAAAUGACGCUGGAGAAGAAUCUGGAGCGGACCGCGGACCUGUAUAGGGCGGCUCACGUGGAACGGCGGCAGAUGGUAGAGACUUGGAAGACUGCAGUGAAUCAGAUGACCCAACGGGAGAACGACAUCCAGCGCAGCGAGAAGGAAUGCGCCGAGUUGGCCAUAAAGGCACAGGAGACGACCAAAAUAUACAAGGAUCACGAUAACCAGCUGAACGAGGCGAUCGAAAAUAAUCGCCAGGUGGAGAUCGCAAUUGAGGCAUUGAACGAGGAGACCUCGACGCUGAAGAACCAGAUACAGAUUCUAGUAGAUGAGUCGAUUCUGAAGGAUCGCGAGAUCGAUGGCCUGCGCAAGGAGCUCGAGAAUCUCUCCAAUCGAGUGCACUUGCAGCGCAUGGAAAACCGCACUCAGAUGAAGAAUCGGGAUGACAAGGAAAAAGAGAUCGAGAACUUCGCCUCCGUUAUGGAGAAGGUUGAGGGCAGACUAGCCUCCAUGCAGAACAAAGCUCUGAAUGCGGAUCAGCGCUUGCGCAUUCUGGAGGAGAUGAUGGAAGCGGAGCAGACGGCGCUGCGCAAUCUGGAAAAGGAGCAGGAGAAGGUCAACGACAUGCUGUACCGUACCCAAAAGCAGGUGACCGAUCUGCAGGACGAGGAAAAGAUCCUAACCGUACAGAAUGACUCGCUGGCCUCCAAUGUGGUGGCCAUGAAGCGCAACCAGCAGCUGGUGUUCAACGAACUGAAACGCCAAACGGAGAUCCACUAUAAUCUCUCUUUCAAGUACCUGGAGGCUGAGCGGCGUUAUGCCGAUCUCAAGGGUCAGUACGACGAUCCCGAGGAGGAGGCGAAAAACCUCGAGCGACUGGCUGCCUUGGAGCAGGAGUACGAGAAGCUGCAACGCCUGAUCAGCAAUACGGAAGCCCAAAACAAGAAGCUCAACUGCAAUAUGAACAACCUAGUUGUCCAGUAUAACGCCGACGAAAAGGAACUCGAUAUGGUUAGAUUCAAGAUCAAGGAGGCCAAGGUCUACUGCGAGGGCACCGUGAAGAGAUUACGCCAGAAUCGCUACGAGAACUCUGAGCUUAUUGUGGAUCUCAACAUGGUAAAGAUGCGCUGCAACGAUCUCGAGGUCGGCAUCGAUGGCUGCGAGCAGGGCACCUACGACUUGGGGCAACAUCGUCUCGCCUUUCGGCGUGCCAUCAAGGAUCGCACUGUGGAGCUGCGCAGCCAGCAGGAAGUGCUGCUCCUAAAGAAGAAGCACCUGACCGAGGAGCUUAGCACCUUGCGCGCCGACAUUGGCGAGCGAAAGAAGCAGAUUGAAGUGGUGAAGGCCAGAUUCGAACUGACUUCCAAGCUGCUGGGCAAGAACGAGGAUGGCAGCAUUAUGACCAGCACGCAGCUGAAGGUGGCUAGUGCCCAGGAGCGCCAGAUGCUCGCUGACGAGGGUGAUGCCCUUAACAAGAAGGUGCUCACGGCCGAGAAGGAGGUGGUCGCCCUGGAGAACACGCUGCGCCAGUUCGACGUGUCCAACAGCAAUUACCGCAAAUCCUUCAAAUCGGUCGACGACAAUUCGAUGGAUCGUGACAGAGCCGAGCUGGAGCUACAGGAGAUGGAGGCGGCCUACUGUCGCGACCUGGAAAAACUGAAGGUGCUGCGAUGCAAGGCACAGCAUUAUGAUCAGAAGCACGAGGCUCAGCGGGCCGAGGAGAAGGACCUGAUCAACAAGCUGGAGCAGGCAAAAGCACAGCGCGACGAGCACUCUGCUGUGCUGAAGAAGCUUGAGCUGGAGUUGGAUGAGCAGCGCGUUAAGAUGGAGCGGGCCCAGCGAGAGAUCCGGAUGCAGUUGCGGGAGAUCAAGGCAAAGCCAAUCAGCGAAGAGUUCAUGGAGCAGUUUGAGCGGGAUCUCCAAGCGCAGGAGAUGGAGGCUCGCAACUCUAAGGCCCUCAACAUGUUGGCCGAUCUGGCCAACAGCGACGAGUCGGGCCCGGAGAUCCUGCAUUACAUGCUGAGCAAGGGCAUCAAGUUGCCGAUGCACCUGAAACGCACUCGCAGCACCAUUUCUUGGGGCAGCUCCUCGGUCAAGUCCUCAGACACUGUGGGAUCCUACAUCAGUGUGAAGGGCAAGAGUUUCCUCCACGGGGGAAUGAGUGCCAGGUCUUCGGCAUCCGAUAUGAGCUCCCUCAAGGACGAUAGCUCCUCAACCACCUCGCGCUCGGGCCUAAGUGUCAUCUCCCUCGAGCUGCCCAAGCUGCCGAAGAAGAAAUGAUAUCACUCUCAGUUCCCCAAUUAGUUUCCAUUUAUUAUAAAUAUUUUCGGUUAUCAAUGAAAGACUCUGGUGUUGCUUGUAGCCCGCAGGUAGCUUCACGUGCUUGGCCAUCGCUCACUGUUUACACAUUUAGUGUCUAAACAAAACCCGAGUAAAAUGCGUUGCCAAAGCGGGCCAAAAAGAGGGGAGAGCGACCAUAAAAAUAGCCCAAAACAAAUCCAAUGAGGCUGCACAUCCGAAUGUCCCAGUGUGCUUGCCUGACCAGGUCAUGGCGACAUUUUGGAUGCUCUGCCAAGAGAGGGUCUAGGUGUUUUUCAACAUUUAUUCAAUAAUUUAAAAUAUUCUGUUACCUUUUAAAAUAUUCGUAAAAAUGAAAAUCAACAUUUUAGCCACACAAACUCGAAUAAAUCAUUUUUAUCACCCUAUUU